UGCAACACCAAGCCCAGCAUUUAAAGAAAAUGCGACGGCAGGACCAAGCUGCAGCAUUGCAGCAGCAGCUGAUGUCUCAAGGAAAGUUAUCUCCGACUCCAAUCAGAAAAGACGUGACGGCGGCGACCGUGAGCGGACUGCAGCAGUUGCAGAACCUGCAGCAGCAGCAGCAGCAGCAGCAGCAGCAACACAUGGCCAACAAAUUCGUCGGGCGGGUGGCCACCAGCCUGCCCACCGCUGCCCUCCUGCAGCAGUCUACCAUAGCGACCAGUGACACGAAGCCCCGCAUGCUAAUCAUGCCCGGCCAGCCCAUAUCCACCUCGGAGUCGCCGCUCUCCUCACUGCAGAGCAACACAAGGUCCGUAGGCAGGCAGGAUGUUGGGGCGCGUCUGCGGUCAUCGACGGACCAGCUGGCGUCACCAGAAGAGUACAGCCUGGCCGGCGUCAACGCCACGCUGGCCAUGCUGACCGGCACGCCGAGCACUCCGGCCGGAACACCCAGAGGCCUCCGAGACGACUCCUCGGACACCAUGAGCGAAACAGACAGUCAGAAGAGCUUGAGAAUCCGUCGCAAGCUUCCCCUCCUGCCGCCGGAUCAGGAGGCCGCGCCUCUUCCUUCGCAUAAAAAGAACGCGUUCGGAUACAACGCCAAGGACAGAGUCAGGUCUCAGAUGUCGCGCCAGUCGUCCCUAGAUGGGUCGUCCUCCUGCAGGAUGGGCGGGCCCCUAUCCAUGACCAGGCCCUCCUCCAGUAUGACCAACCUCGCCAAUAUCUCCAAGAUGCCUGACAUCACAUUGCCUGCACGUCCAGGAUCUGCUUUGGGCAUUCCAGGGCACCCUAGUGUGGGGCUUCGGAGCUCGAGCCUGUCGGGUCCACAGCUGAAGACGGGUCUGCCAGCCACCAUAGUCCAGUGUCUCCCUCCGGAUCUUCACCACCUGAUCUACACCAACACCCAGCCUCCCGCCCUCGGCGACACAUACGGAUCCCAGCUCCCUGAGUACAUGCAGAGCCUGAAGGACCAACUCCAGGAGGAGCUCAAGUCGAGCAGCAACGACAGGCGAGCCAUGCUAGAGGCGGAGCUCCUACGGCUGCAUGAGGACCGCCGACGGGCCCUGACGGAGAAGGACAAGGAGAGGGAUGGUCGACUUCGUCGUGAGCUCGACCGUCUUGCGUCCUCUAGUUACUCCGGAUCGCUCUCGCUGAAGCAGAGAAUGGAAAUUCAACGUCGUCUGGGCAUGACUUCUGGCACGAGCAAUACCACGGGGUCGGCCAACUCCUCCCCGAGGAACCACCGCCGAAGAGGCCACCGGCGCCAAAUGUCGGACCCAAAGAUUUUCUCCUCAGUCUCGCCCAUUAAGGAGGACAGGGAUAUGGAGAAAGAACUGGAGAGAUCCCUGUACGGAGUGGCUCUUCGGGAUACUGCCAUCAACUGUAUGGAUGAUGAUGACCUCUUAGCAGCCCGACUCCUGGGCAUGGGCAGGACCAUGGGUCGGCGCAGUUCUGAAAGCGGGUUAGGAUCCGACUUCUGGGGCCGCAGUUCGACGCCUGGCGGAACGCUCACCGAUUCUGCUUUAUUCGGCUCCUCCCGCCAGAAGACCAUCAGGAAGUCUCGCAAGCCCCGCUCUUGGCACCCCUCACCUUACGCUUCUGAUGACGAGGACGAUCUUCUAUCGAGAGAAGAGAAAAAGCAAAAAAUUAAAGCUGAAAUCUCCCGGCGAAGGCAGCAAAUAGAAGAGAAUUCACGGCUCCACGAGGAACUUCUUCGCCUCGCCAGGCUGCGGGAAAGUGCCGAGCUGGGCUAUUCGGAUCCAAGAGUAUACGGGCCUUAUGAUCAGAGUCCGCCCCAGUCCGCACGUGACUCCACCACCAGUGUCUUACGGUCUAUUGACGAAAUCCUUAGGGACGCCCGUGAUCCUUCCUCUGGUUAUUAUAGUGGUUACUCCUCAUAUAAAGCAGGAGGAUCGCCGCCCAACCGCUACGGCAGCUCCCCCGGAGCACGAACCUCGCCUCGCCACUACUACGGGUCCCGCGGACCAUCACCUUCUCACUACCCCAUGACGGAGGAGGACAGAUCUAUGGCUCGCCUUGCCUCCACCUUUCAGAGUGACGAGUUCACGGGCGCUCUCUACGAGCGCCUCUCCGAUUUUUCUCCGCUAACGGCCGACAGCUUGAGUGACACAAUGAGUGACUUCACCCCAGCCAUGCCCUUGCUUCCUGACAUGCCGACGCGCUCACGAAAGUUGUUAGAGGACCUAGGAAGCUCACCUAUUACUAGUCAGGCGCACAGAGGCAAGUAUGAUAUACAGAGACGCUACAGGAAGUAAGUGGUGUUGUGUGUUGUGCUUCUCGUCUUGAGGUAUUGGUCGGUGUGUGUGUGUGUGUUUGUGUGUCUCUCUCCCCAGACCUGUUAUAUGCUAGAACUGUCCCGGUAAACCAAGCAAUAUACUAAUGAAAAUCAAAUGUGGUUCCAAGAUGACAACAGAAAUCCACACACAUAUGAUGUGAUAACGAAUAGGGGGCAAGUCUAGUGCACUUAACUAAAUUUUAAAUACGAAGUAUCCUAAGAUAAGUACCUCAAGUUGACUAGGUUAAGUAUGUUGUAUUGCAAACAGGUUCAGUGGCAGCCUUUCUCGAGGAUAUUGGAAACUAUUCCCGGUGGCCUGUAAUUUAACAUACAUAUAUAACAUAUACAUACA